AUGACAACUAUCGUGGUCGGAGGACUCUUUAAUGCCGUGGCCUUUGCCGGGGCCGGCUUCCUAUUCUUCAGGUUGAAUAGACAGGGCUACAAGGAAGAGGUAAAAAGACACAACCAAGCCUUACAAAAGCUUGCAAAAGCCAAGGAGAAGUUUUACGAAUCCGAAGUGAAGCGUAGGAACGACGAGGCAAGACGGAGGGCUGAAAUCCUGGAUGCUAACAAGGAUAUCGAGGAAACAAACAGGGCACUGGAAGACCUGAGGGACUACACGAGGCUUAUGGAUUGUACGGCAUCCCAACGCAGACCGAAAUUGGAGGACUACUACCAACCAUCGGACAAAAUGAAAAGAUACGCAAUGCUGACAAUGCUGACGGUGGGCGUCCUUGGGGUUGAGGGAGCCUACGGAUUAGCACGAAUAUUUUAA